CAUCUCCUCGUAAGAAGCUCGAAACGGCAGGUCGUUGAAACGCAAACGCGAACGCGGAUCGAGAGAUGGCCUUUUACGGCGGCAUGGGCAUGGGCAUGGGUGCAGGCCAGGGCGCUUCGUCGUCGUCCCAGGCCCCUGGGCAGCAGCAGCAGCCGAUGACGAUGAUGCCUGCUGCGCCACCCAUGCCGAUGCCCAGCGUGAGGCCGUGGACCAGGGCGGAGGACAAGGUGUUCGAGAGCGCCCUGGUGGCGUUCCCGGAGCACGUCCAGAACCGCUGGGCGUACGUGGCGUCGCAGCUGCCGGGGCGCACCGCUCAGGAGGCCUGGGAGCACUACCAGGCGCUCAUAGAAGACGUCGACCUCAUCGAGGCCGGCUUCAUCGAAACCCCUGAGUCCUGGGACGAGGAGGAGGAGGCCGCCGCCGCCGCCGCCGCUGCCACGACUGCCGCGGCAGCCGCUGCCGCCUCUGCCGCCGCUGGAGGCGGUGCUCGCCGCGGCCGCGGGGAAGAACGCCGCAGAGGCGUGCCCUGGAGCGAGGAGGAGCACAGGCUGUUUCUGGAGGGGCUGGAGAAGUACGGGCGCGGGGACUGGAGGAACAUCUCCCGCUGGUCGGUGAAGACCCGGACCCCGACGCAGGUGGCCAGCCACGCGCAGAAGUACUUUCUCCGCCUCGCCGGCAAAGGCGACACCAAGCGCAAGAGCAUCCACGACAUCACCAACCCCUGAGCGCGCGAUGGAUCCAGGGCAGGCGACAAGAAUCCGGUCCAGUUCGAGCUACUCCACCUGUCAUCUCUCCCGUUUGCCACCCUCGAUCUCCCUGCCUGCUGCCCUCAGGGAUCGGUAGAUGGCCUCUAGUACAAAUGCAGGGUGGAGCUAGCUUUGGCUGGAACCUGCGGUUCAUAGCUUCUAUAUUUAUCUCCUUUUUAGCGUUAUGUUAUGAUUGAAUAAACCGUGUCCAUGUACCUUUGGGACAUGUCGAGAAACAAUAAUGUCGUAGUAGUACCAUAUGAUGUGUUAUGUUAAGGAAGAAACA